AUUUUGGUAGAUGUAACUACACUUGGAUUGCACAGAUUGCGUACUGGGAAUGGUCUCUAUACUAUUGUAAAGCUUUAACAAAAACGGACGCAAGAAAGGCAUGGAUGACAAUGAAGAAGAAGAGAGCUGCAGUAUAUACCCAAGACUCCUUCCACUUGGUAGUGAGCUCAAAGCCAGGAUGGAGCCGUUUGUGGAGGAAAAAACUGAAGUCAAUAUGUGGACAGCUGUGUUGAUUGGAGCUGUGAUGACUGUGUCGGUUGUUGGAGUUUCUGUGUUCCUUCUUUACAGAAGAUACAAACUAUCAAAGGAGGAGGCUGGCGUCCCUCACUAUCGUUUCAGGAAGAGAGACAAGGUGAUGUUCUACGGCCGAAAGAUCAUGAGAAAGGUUCAGACAUUGUCUUCUGUUCCUGCUUCUAACUCAAACUCAGCCACUCGGCAGAGAGUUAGGAAGAGGACCAAAGUCCUGUCUAUAGCUCGCAAGAUCUUGCGUAUCCGGAGGGAGCCCCCCACCCUGCAGCCUAAAGAGCCUCCUCCCUCCCUACUGGAGGCUGACCUGACUGAGUUUGAUGUGCAGAACUCCCAUCUGCCCUCUGAGGUGCUGUACAUGUUGAAAAAUGUCAGGGUGCUCGGCCACUUCGAGAAGCCCGUCUUCCUGGAGCUGUGCCGUCACAUGGUGCUGAUCCCGCUGCACCAGGGAGAGGGACUCUUCCGACCCGGUGACACAGAUGACAGCAUCUACGUGGUCCAAGAUGGCCGCCUGGAGCUGUGCAUACAUGAGAAUGAUGGGACAGACGCAGUAGUGAAGGAGGUGUUACCAGGAGACAGUGUCCACAGUUUGCUCAGUAUUCUGGACGUCAUCACUGGCUACCCGGCUCCUUACAAGACAGUAUCUGCGAGGGCUGCAAUUCCCUCCUCCAUCUUGCGUCUUCCGGCCGUGGCGUUCCUAUCCGUGUUCGAAAAAUAUCCUGAAACUCUGGUCCGUGUUAUUCAGAUAAUAAUGGUCCGUCUACAGAGAGUGACCUUCCUUGCCUUACACAACUACCUUGGCCUAACAACUGAGCUCUUCAACCCGGAGAGCCAAGCGAUCUCCUUGGUGUCAGUGGCAAAUGUUUUGGGUGAGGCUCAUCCACACAAAGGCCUCCGCAGGCAGCCGUCCCACUCCGAUGAUACGGCUCCUGAAAAAGCUGAUGCAGCAGAAAAGUCCAGCCUGUCUGACGUGUCCAUAUCGAAGUGCAAGAAAUCUCGCUCACACUCCAGCCCUCUCGCUGUUACAGGUGAAAUGUCAGACGACCUCAACAGAGUAUAUGAGCGAGCUCGAGUUGCCAAAGAGGAGACGAUGACUCACAUUCCUGUAAAGUCAAUUCUAAAGAAGAGUGUGACAAUGCAGCACACACCAUCUGCUAUUUACCACUACAAUGAUGAUGGAGGAGGAAAUGUCCACCAUAAUAAAGUCAACGCCAUUUUCCAAGCAGCUAAAAAGGAUCUGCUGCAGGUCAUCCACAUGGAGGACCCCAGUCUGCUGGAGGGCAGGGUGAAUCUUCGCCAGGUCAAAGCUGGCUCUGUUGUGGCACACCAGGGGGACCAGGAUGUGAGCAUUGCAUUUAUCAUCUCCGGGACGCUCCACGUGUACCAGCGUAUGAUCGAUCGUGAGGAGGAGAGCCUGCUCUUCGUCACCCACCCAGGAGAGUUGGUGGGCCAUUUGGCCGUCCUCACGGGGGAGCCCCUCAUCUUCACAGUGCGUGCGCACCGAGACUGCACCUUCCUCUACAUAUCCAAGGCCCACUUCUACGAAAUGAUGCGCGAGGAGCCUCGGGUUGUGCUGAACGUAGCUCACACUGUGGUGAAAAGGGUGUCACCGUUUGUGAGACAGAUUGACUUCGCCCUGGACUGGAUGGCUGUGGAGGCUGGCCGUGCCGUCUACAGACAAGGAGACAAGUCAGACAGCACCUUCAUCGUCCUCAGUGGCCGACUGCGCUCUGUCAUUGCAAAGGAUGAUGGGAAGAAGGAGCUGGCGGGGGAGUAUGGCCGUGGGGAUCUGAUUGGUGUGGUGGAGGCCCUGACGCACAUGAACCGUGCCACCACAGUCCAUGCUGUCAGGGACUCGGAGCUAGCCAAGCUACCUGAGGGAGCCCUGAACUCCAUCAAGAGGAGGUAUCCUCAGGUUGUCACCAGGCUGAUUCACCUGCUGGGACAGAAGAUCCUGGGAAACAUGCAGCAGGUCAACGGUCCUCUGGCAGCUCGUAGUCUGGCUCUGCACACACCUACCAGUAAAUGGGAUGCUGGGAACCCAGCCUCUAACUUGUCCACUGUUGCCAUCCUGCCUGUGUCGGAGGAGGUUCCCCUAACCGCCUUCACUCUUGAGCUGCAGCAUGCACUCAGCGGCAUUGGCCCCACUCUACUCCUGACCAGCGACAUAAUCAAACAGAGACUGGGCUCUGCUGCUCUGGACAGUGUCCAUGAGUACCGCCUGUCCAGUUGGCUCGGCCAGCAGGAGGACAUCCAUCGAAUCGUCCUCUACCAGUCAGACCCCGGCCUCACCCCUUGGACCCAGCGCUGCAUUCGCCAGGCCGACUGCAUCAUCAUUGUGGGACUGGGAGAGCAGGAGCCCACUGUGGGUGAGCUGGAGCGAAUGUUGGAGGGUAGUUCAGUCCGAGCUCAGAAGCAGCUGGUGUUGCUGCACAGGGAGGAUGGUCCCCCGCCCAGAGGGACGGCAGAGUGGCUCAACAUGCGAAGCUGGAUCUCCAGACACCAUCACCUGUCCUGCCCCCGCAGAGUGUUCUCUAAGAGGAGUUUACCCAAGCUGAGGGAGUUGUACCAGCGGGUGUUUGAGAAAUGUCCAGAUCGUCAUUCCGACUUCUCCCGUCUUGCCAGGAUAUUGACAGGAAACAGCAUUGCCCUGGUGCUGGGUGGAGGGGGUGCCAGAGGCUGCUCCCAGGUCGGCAUCUUGCGGGCGCUGAACGAGGCGGGGAUCCCUGUCGACAUGGUGGGUGGCACCUCCAUUGGCUCCUUCAUGGGAGCGUUGUACGCUGAGGAGAAGAGCAUCAGUCGAAUGAGGGUCCGGGCUCGCGAGUGGGCAAUGGAUAUGACUUCUUACUUUAAGAAGAUCUUGGAUCUGACCUACCCUGUCACCUCCAUGUUUUCUGGAGCUUCCUUUAAUUACAGCAUUAGUUCUGUCUUCAAGGACAAACAGAUAGAGGACUUGUGGUUACCAUACUUCAACAUAACAACAGAUAUCACAGCUUCUUCCAUGAGAGUUCACACUGAUGGUUCAUUGUGGCGGUAUGUACGGGCCAGUAUGUCUCUGUCUGGUUACCUGCCGCCUCUCUGCGAUCCCAAAGAUGGACACUUACUCAUGGAUGGAGGGUACAUCAACAACCUUCCUGCUGAUGUGGCCCGCUCCAUGGGUGCCAAGGUCGUGAUUGCAAUUGAUGUUGGAACCCGGGAUGAAACUGACCUGACCAACUAUGGUGACAGUCUGAACGGCUGGUGGCUGCUGUGGAAGCGAUUCAAUCCACUGGCUGAGAAGGUCAAGGUCCUGAACAUGGCAGAGAUCCAGACCCGGCUCGCUUACGUGUGCUGUGUGCGGCAGCUGGAACUGGUCAAAGACAGUGAAUAUUGCGAGUACAUCCGGCCUCCCAUCGACCGCUACGGCACGCUGGACUUUGCCAAGUUCGACGAGAUCGCUGAGGUGGGAUACCAGCAUGGAAAUACGCUGUUUGACGUGUGGCAGCGCAGCACCGUGGUGGACAGCAUGCUGAAGGACAGACAUCAGGAGGAGUUCCACAAAACCAAAACCGGCCAUGUGGUCACAUGUCCGAAUGCCUCCUUCACUGACCUGGCAGAGAUUGUGUCGAGAAUCGAACCUGUCAAGAAUGCCAUAGUCGAUGAGGAACUCUCUGAUGAAUACCAGACAGACUAUGACGAAGAGAUGGUGGAAAGCGCAGUGUCUGACUUUGAAGCAUUCACCCCAGGCAGUGAACACACAGAGGAAGAGGAGACAGCUGACACUGCGGAAACUGAUGAGGAAACUCCCAUCACUAUUCGACACCGACUGAAGAACGGCGGACAAGAUACGCGACUGUGAAUCCCAUGAAAGCUGAGGAUGCCUGUCCGGGCAGCUGCUGCGCCUGUCGACCACAGUGCCUACUUCUGAAUGCGGCGCUCGCUCCGAUCCAGUGAGUAGCUAGUACUGUGUACUGCAGCUGGACGAAUGCGGAGACUCGAGCUGCUUUCAGAUAAUAAGCAGUUGCUGUCACGGCAUCUUAUUUUAUCUGCUUGUAAACCACAUGCUGCUGCUAUGUGCCAUGAUGUCAUCACACAGUAACACAGAGCAUAGAUUAGAAUAGCUGAAUGGUUUUAAUGUGAUAUUAUAAAUAAUUGCGCUUCUGUUCUCUCUUUUGAUCCGUCCUCUCUCUGCUGAUGAAAAUGUGUUGUACACAACAAUGCAUUGCAUAUAAAUUCACAGUCAGGGACCAGCAGAGAAUCUUACAAAGGGCUAAUAUACUGGAAUACAGUAUAUUUUUUUCACCCUAUUUCACAGUAUGCGUCGGCCCUUGUUUCGUAGCAUAGCUACUUCCUUCCAUUGUGAGAUCCAUCUAGUGUUAGAUUACCUUUCGUAACGUUUACAUGUAAGUUAAAACACUAAAUAUAUUUUAUGAGCUGAUCAUGUACAGUGUUAUUCUCAUUUUUGUCCAAGUAAUGAAGGGACUUUUGUGAGCGGUUACUACAACUACAAUAAGCUUUAUUACAUUAGAGGUACAGUACACGUGUCAAAGGAAGUUUGGAAACUUACUAUACAUGUGCGCCCUUCAUUGCAUUUCAGCCUUUAUAUCUUAUACUGGUCACAUUUUGUGUCUGCAUGCUUGAUGCUUGAGCGUGCUGCGGAUUUACAGACCUGUUUCUCAGCAGACAUUUUUCCAUGUCACAGCUCAUAGCUCAGUAAAAGCUCUGCCGUGUUGAUGGUGGCUGCUGUUCACUGUCACGGUUUACUGGGAGAGUGAAUGGAACCAAAGCUGCCUUCAAAUGUGGCCGUGUUUACAGUGUUCACUAAAACAGAACGUGUUUUAUAUAUUCACAAGCUCGGGCGUUUUCACUUGAACUCUAUGACAUGUUGACAGACGUUUUAAGAAAUGGCAAAGAUGCAUAAUGAGUUAAUAUACUGUGAUUUCCUUCAUAACUUUAUAAUGUGUCUGAGUACAAUGUUGUAUGUCACAACCAAAUGUGUAAAACAGAAUUAAUGCUGCCUUCAAUUGGGGCUGUGAUCACUAUGCUCACAACAGCCUGAACUGUUCAUUUAGUAGUUCACUAGUUCCAUUUGAAGGCAGUUUCAGUCACCCCUAACGUUACCUGUGCUUCUCCUGUUGUGACAAUUCUAAAUAUCUGCAAUGACAAAGGUCUGUUGCUCCUUAAGGAAAUAACAGUCAGUGGUGAUCUAAAAUCAGUUCAUCACCAUAAAGUGUGCUGAGAUCUCUGCCCAGAAAAGGCAUUUGAUAUUUGUCAUAGCAGGGAAAGUGCGGGUAAUAUUUUAAAUAGGAAUGGACACUUUGUAGUAUGGCCAUUACAGAGAAAGGUCUUCCUGUUUUCACAUCAGUCAUCAAUUGGCAAAAUGACACAUUUGUGUUUGAGCGCCAGUGCAGUGUUACUGAACCUGACAGUUAUUUAUGAAGAAGUGCUACAUGCAUGACUUGUCCUAGGUUCCCUUAUGUAAGCUGUGAUAGAAUGAGAUUCAUAGAUGAUUUAGAAAAAAACUACCUACUACUGGCAGACUAAUGCAGCUGCCCUUGGUCCGUUUUAAUCAAGGCGGUUCUUAUCAAAUGUGGUAUUGACUCAUAUUAACUGACUUGAAGUGUGUGUUGAGGAUGUUGAUAGUUUUGUGUUUCAUAGGGAAUAACUUGCAUAUUAUCACUGAAAACCUGAAGUCCUUAUUUUUGCACAGGGCAUUGAAGAAUGAUUUAGAUGUGUGGGUAAUAUCAUUGUGCACUAUUUGACGGUUGUUGUUGUUGUUGUUGUUUUUUAUCUGUAUCUCGUUUAUGACAACCUUUGAAACUAGCUGUCACCAUGAUUAAAGUGACACUUCUUCAUAUCUGUUCCAAAUGAGCCGCUGUGUGUCUUGGGCCAGACUUGACGAGCUGAUGUGUACUUUUAUAAGAUUGCAAAACCUGUUUUGUGUUGGAAAUAGGAAAUAAUACCUGCAUUAAAGAAGAAUAAAAACCUCACUAAAAAAA